AGACGUGUGCAUCGCGACGAAAGGUGGUAGGAGUGUGGGCCUGGAGUCGGUCGGCAAUAUGGCUGGCUAGAUGUGCAUUGGUAGGGUGUUGGGGUGGUGUUAGUGCCGUACGUUAUUUAUGUCGAACUACCGCAAAUCCUGCCCGAAUCUCGCGUGUUUUCAUGGAAUCGGUGACAUACUGUGCAGAAGCAGAAAUACAGCUUGCAUGAAGACAUAGCAUACGCUUCCGAGUCAAACAAACAUGAACGAAGUGAGCAUAUCGUCCGCUCGUGCGUCGGUAAUGGUAUAUGACGACGUUAAUAAAAAAUGGGUACCGAGUGGCAGUUCCUCAGGACUUUCCAAAGUACAGUUAUAUCAUCACCAGGUGAACAAUACGUUCCGCGUGGUGGGAAGAAAGUUGCAGGAUCACGAGAUCGUCAUCAACUGCGCGAUCCUCAAGGGAUUGAAGUACAAUCAGGCGACAGUCACGUUUCACCAAUGGCGAGAUAACAAGCAAGUAUAUGGUCUGAAUUUCUCCAGUAAGGACGACGCCGACGCAUUUGCCAGAGCGAUGCUGCAAGCGCUCGAUGUGUUGAGCAAUGGGAGCAACAUAUCGAGGAGCCUUGCGCCUGCCUCAGCCACCCAACAGCAAUCCGUCUUUCAGCAACAACAACCGACUAACACCCAGUAUGACGAGGACAUGGGAUACAGAACCAUGACCAGGGAAGACGUGGCGAUCAUUCAAGAACGCAGAAUGUCUCAGCAAAGUCAAGCGACGAACAGUCCGAACGCAAUUUCCCCGAGUUGUCCUCUUGCAUCACAGCAGCAGCAGCAGCAGCAACAACCACCCCCUCAACAGCAACAACAACAACAACAGCAACCACCUCAACAAUCCGUGCAGCAACAGCAACCACAGCCACCGGCGCCGCCACAACCUCCGCAACAACAACAACAACAGCAGCAACAUCAGGCUCAGUCACAACAACAGCCACAAUCCGGACAUCACAGAACAUCGUCGGCACCACCAGCUCCCCAGCCUCAACAGCAAACUGUUUUGCAAUCGAUGCAAGUCACCGGUGGUAUGGGGACCGGCGCGGGUCAAAUAUCGAGCGGUGGUGCACCUCCGAUACCACCGCCUCAGCCUCCUAUGGCAAUUGCAGCUCCACCGUGUCCACCGGCAAUGAUAAACUUUAACGCACCGGUACCACCUCCGAUGAUGAUGAACCAAUACGCGCAGUCACCGUCGUCUCAAUCAAAUCUGCCGAAUCAGUCUCAAACACAGUCGAUUUAUGGUAGCAGUCAAGGCAAUCAAUACGGAGGCACGCCGAACAAUAGUCAGUAUGCGACCGUGGCUGUCGUCGGGCAAAGUCCAUGUCAGUAUUCCUCCGGAAAUCAGAACAACUUCUAUAAUAACAACGGGCAAGUUAGCAAUGCGUAUCCGAGUGGUCAGCCGGGACAAGGAAACCAGUACGGUGGCGGUGGUAAUAAUAAUGGUGCGGGUGGUGCUGGUGGAAAUCAGUAUGGGAGUAGUAACUCGCUUGGCCAGUAUGCGAGCAGCGGAUCUGCGACAACCGGCCAAUAUGGGGUAGGUGUCAACGUUGGUGUUGGCCAGCCGAAUCAGUCUCAGUACAGUGUCGUAUCUCAGGCACAGGCACAGUACGCCAGCGGUCAGAUACAGGCAGUUUCGGGCGCUACGAAUCCAUACGGAACACCAUCAAACUCGGUGAAUCAGUACAGCGGCAGUGGAGGUGGUGGCGGUGGCAGCAGUGGUAGUUGCGGGAACAGUGCUGGCAGUGGCAAUACCGUCCCUGGCAGUGGACAUCACGUACCACCGGUUAAUCCUAAUAUUUAUGCUCCCAUUGGCAAUGCCGGUCCUCAACCUCCUCCUAUGAUUCCGCUGGGUGGACCUGCCGCUCCUCCACCACCUCCUCCACCACCUGCUCCGAAAGUCAACGCCGUCAACCUAAAUCCUCUUUCUGCAUCUGGUUCCACUGGAUCCGUAAGCUCCAUUGCCACUAGCGAACCAUCGCCAGAUUCCAAUUCAUUGGCUGCUGCAAUUCAAGCGACUCGCCUCAAAAAGAAACAGCAGGCAUCACAGCAACCAGUGGAAAAUAGUGGUUCCAGUACUAGCAGCAGCGGAAGUGCUGGAAGCAGUGGGAAUUAUGGCACCCUAGGAAGGGGCGGAGCUGGUGGUAUGGCUUCUAUGAUGGAUGAGAUGGCUAAAACUUUAGCUCGUAGACGAGCUGCUGUUGAGAAAAAACAACCGGAACAACCACAAGAACCUGAAAGUUCACCCGAUAAGAAAUCAUGGGAUAAGAACAGUUUGUCAAAUAAUAAAUUCUCGAACGGUGCCGAAUCACCGAAAUCAGUUCGCAAGAGGUUUGGUUCUGCUUCCGAGGAUACGCUUCUAAAAGUAAACGGCGUUAAUGACGGGGCUGUGCUCACUGCUCAAGAAAUGGAGGCAUUUAAAGCAGAGAUCAUCAAGGAAGUGCGCAAAGAAUUUCAAAAGAUGAAACAGGAGAUUGUAGAUGUUGUCAGAGCAGAACUGAGUAGAAGAUAAAGAUGAGACGCGGACCAGUUUGAAUUAAAGCGAAGAAAGAACGAAUUCUACUGCUGUGUAGAUCAACCGAAACGAUCAUCGACAACUGUACACGAUUUUUUUUUUUUUUUUUACUACAUAUUUGCGAAAAUGGAAUGCAGUUAUACCCCAUGUAUAUCAAACAUGUUUGUGUGUAAGUACAUUAUAUCUAAUCUAGUGUUCUAAGUGAACCGUACCCUUUUGGUUGCUUACUGAACGAUUGGUAAGCAACGCGAACUUUGGAUAAAAUCGAUUCUGAUUCUACCAAUUCGAUGCACAACACACAUCACGGAUCACCUACUACGUUUGCAUCCGUAUUAGUCUUCGGUGGUAUCGUACAAUUUUCUCUUCAAUCAAUGACGAUUGCCGUGCUCCAUAUCUUGACAAGUAUUAUUCAUAGUUAAAUCGAGCAACCUAACGUGACGUAACAUAAAAUUUAAUCCCACGCACAAUGGAAAACGCUUGCGUUUCUAUGUAAAUAUCACAGAAUUUAAUCUAGCGGAAGAUACGUAAAAGAAAAUUUGUAAGAUUCCUUUAGUCUUAGAUGCAUUUAAAUUGAGACGUAAUAGAAGUUACGUGCAUUGAACUUUUUCGCGAUCGUGAUGCAACUUUAAUAUUUUCCAGCAUUUUCUUCCAAUCUCCCCCUUUUUUUUUAAUUAAAAUGCACGUCACACUUGUAAUUUAAAUUGAAUCUUGGAUUUUUUCGUACAUACCACCGCUACUUCCAUGUACAGAUUUCAUUAAUAACGCACAGCUCGAUACAUUCCAAGUCAAAAUAUUUCGGUACCGGACAACAGGUAGAACAGAAUAUUAAAAAGUGAUCAUCGACUGCCACAUAACUUUCAAACAAACGAACUUUUCGAUCGAUUCGAGAUGUUCGUUUCGCGACUUCUUUAAAUACACUCAUUGAUCUGAUCGUCAAACGAUUACAUCGAUUUUAUAUUUAUGCAUCAUUGAUCGCU